CGCAGUGCGCACGCGUGGCCUCGCCGGGCUCUCCUGUCGCUUUGCGCCGGGCGGGCUAGCUGUCUGUCGAGCGUCUUCCUCCGUCCUGAGCCGGCGCCGCUCCCUCGCCCCUCGGCUUCCAGUCGCUGCCCUCCGGCGCCAUGGUGCUCGACCUGGACCUCUUCCGCGCCGACAAAGGCGGAGACCCUGAGCUGGUGCGGGAGACGCAGCGGAAGCGCUUCAAGGACCCGGCGCUGGUGGACGCGCUGGUGGCCGCCGACGGGGCCUGGCGGAGAUGUACGUGGGGCGAUGGGUGGGGUGUCGGAUAAGGCUGUAGGGGUGUCGUUAGGAAAGGGGGAGAAGAGAAAGAGCGACGCCCCAGCAGGCAGCCUAAGGGGGCCUUUGCGACCCCGACACGUGUCUCCCCAUCCUCACGUUUCUUCCUUGAACCUCUUUCACGCUACCUCUGUGAGGAGCCGCGUUUGAACUCCUCGCCUCGGUGGCGUCCGGCGUGGGAUGAGGGGUGAGGCCCGUGAGAAGAAAGGGGCUCCUCACGGCCGUCUCUUCCCUCCCCGCCGUCGUGUGAAUGGGCACACAGACCUCUCAUUCUCACUCCCCGCUCCCCCGGCCAUGAGAUCCAACGGGGGGGGGGGUCUUUGCUGCUGCUGCUGCUUUAUUUCUAGGCCCCGGUCGAAGGGCAGGUUUGGAGUGGCUCUUUUGAGACAUCGGGGGGAAGUCAUCCCUUCAGAGGGCUUCAGGGCGCUCCCAUCUGUCUUCUGGACAACCCCCCCCCCAAAGUGUAGGGUGUUGUUGUUUUAAUUGUAUUUCCCAAUUAGGGUUUUCCUCUUCGCCGUCUUCUCUGGUGUUUCACAGCUGCAUUGCCCUUUAAAUGGACGGGCUUGCGAUUUGGCAGGACGCUGUUCAGGCAUUGGUGCUGCCUAGUCUGAUGCAAUCCUGCUGUAACCAGCAUCAUAGAAAGUGACUCUGGCACGCUAGAGCUCAUAUCAGCCGCAGCACUGCUUCAUUUUCUGUGGGCAUGUUUCCUUGCCGGCGAUUUUGAUAACUUGUGUUAAAUGCCUUUUACAUUGUGACAAAGCGUUGGUAAUAUUGCCUGCGGUGAAAGAUGUGCUUUAUUACCUCUAACCAGAAAAUGAGUGGGGGGAAAUGGAAUGGGCCUGUCACGUCAGGUGCCUGAGACCACUGCUACUCAUUUAGAAUCAGAUGGAGGUUCACCAUAUGAUCCUAUGCCCCAAAUCAUCUCUCCUAGACUUCAUUUUCAAUAUCUCCAGUAUGCGGGUGGUGAAGAGUCUAUGAAAUGAUAUAGAAUUCAAAUUGUAAUACAAUAAAAUACAAAAUAUAAUAAGUAAAAGAAGCCAUCAAAAUAGAAUUAAAAGUUAUACAGCAUCUAGCAGAGUGUGUUUUAGUUGCUGUAAUGAGCAGAAAAAUCAUUAAGUGAUUUGCCAAGACCUUUAACAAUUUUCAAGUAAAGCAUUGCCAUCAAGUACAGCGUUGAACCCCUCUGCUGUCUGUAUAUGGAAAUUUUGGAAGUAGGAUGAGGAAUACUUUGAAAUAUAUAUAUCCAGCAACAAUAACAGCUAAAAUAAAAAUGAGAUAUUCAAUUUAUGCUAAACUUCAUUUUACUGUACCAUGCAAAAAUCAUAAUGAGUGUUCAGAAUCGGAAGCUGCUUCCUUUGGUAGUGGGAGUGUUCUGUAUUUGCAGGCCUCUGAAUUGCAUCUUCUUGCUGAUAUUAAAUGAGAAAAAGCAUAUGCCAUCACUUCCCAUAAUACUUUACAAACUACUAUCCUUUCUCAGAGGUUGCCUGGGUAUUGUAACUUUUGCGCAGUAUCAUGCAUAAUAUAAGAUAAAAUCUCCAGUUUAACAGAAUGAACGUAUUUUAAUCUGUGCUACACCCAUAGUAGCAGCAGCAGCAGCAGCAGCCAGAUAGUUCAAUAGACUUAUGAUUUUGUGUAGAAACUUAUCCUUUAAAUGUAGACGCCUCUUAGCAUUUUUUCAAAUGUUUUCCUUCCAGGCAGAUUCCGUGCAGACAAUCUGAACAAACUGAAGAACCUUUGCAGCAAAACUAUAGGCGAGAAAAUGAAGGUGCGAUUUAUUGGAAUCACAGCUUCUGAUUGGUUACCAAAACCACUAUGAUGUAUGCCAUUUUGUUUUGUGAUUAACUGUGCUAGAAAACAUGUAGAGUUCAAUCAGUGGCAUGAAAAACGCCAUUAGGGAAAUAAAAGGAUUGACAGAUUGGGAGCUGUCCAGAAGAAAAGUGGUAUGUCUGAGAGGAUGAUGAUGAGGCAGCAUGCUCAACUAUACUAUUCAUUUUAAUAUUAAAGGUAAAGGUAAAGGGACCCCUGAUCAUUAGGUCCAGUCAUGACCGACUCUGGGGUUGCGGCGUUCAUCUCGCUUUAUUGGCCGAGGGAGCCGGCGUACAGCUUCCAGGUCAUGUGGCCAGCAUGACUUAAGCCGCUUCUGGCGAACCAGAGCAGCGCACAGAAACGCCGUUUACCUUCCUGCCGGAGCGGUACCUAUUUAUCUACUUGCACUUUGAUGUGCUUUCGAACUGCUAGGUUGGCAGGAGCUGGGACCAAGCAACGGGAGCUCACCCCGUUGCGGGGAUUCGAACCGCCGACCUUCUGAUCAGCAAGUCCUAGGCUCUGUGGUUUAACCCAUAGUGCCACCCACGGCCCAUUUUAAUAUUACGGAACGCUAAAGCACAAAGAAGUUGUCAAGCUGAAUUGAGCCCACUGUCAUCUUAGGAUCACAGUCUGAUUCCCUCCCACCAAGCAAUGAGACAGAAUCGCUUAGAACUGGGUGAGGGGAAAGUGAGUUUUAUUUAUUGACUGGCCUUUCAAACUGCCUUUCAUACACAGAAUCUGAGGGGAGUGUACAAAAUAUGUAAAAAUACAAUAAAAUGACAAACCUAUGGGCCCUCAGUAGCAGUUGUAAAAUACAGAUACCAAGACUUUAAUCCUUGCAGCUCAAUCCCUGAGAAAAGAAUUGCAUUUUAAGUAAAGAGUGGGAUAACAUUGCCUCUAAUGAGAAGGAGUUCCACAAAUGGGCAUGUAAUGACAGUGAGGGCCCACACGUGUUGGCAGGAUCAGGAGACAGGCCUUCUCUUUUACUUAUGAAGUGGAUUUAGUAUCUCCAAAUUAUUAAUUUAACACUUCUGAAAGAGUACUGUUUCAGAUGUUUUUCCAAUUGAUACUGUGUUGAAAAAAUAAAGGGUGAUACCAGAUUUGUUUGUUUACUGCAGGGGUGGCUACCCUCUUCUGCCCAAAGGCUGCAUUACCUUUUGACCAUGCCUGCAAGGUCAGCAUGGCCAAAGUAAAAGUGGGUGUGGCUAAAAUGAACAUGUACACCAUCAUCCUUGCACAGGCAUGCAGGACACACAUACGCCACACACAGAGACCAAUAACAUCCAUUGGAACUAUUUAUUUCCUCCCCCACCCCUAUCCUCUCUCCAGUUUUACUCCUCAAGCUUGCAGGGCUUUAGAAUGGAAAUGAUGGCAUCAGAGACUGCCUCUACACAAAGUCCUUUGCACUGCCAUGAAGAGCAGAUUGUAAUAUUCCACCUGUUUCAGAGCACUCUGAUGGUGACAAAAGUGGAAUUGUGUAUAUGAAGGGGGGCUUCCUUGCACAGAGCCCUUAGUUUAGUCAUGACCAAGUGGAACUUUGAAGGGGUCAUUCUGUUCUCCUCACCCACAUUAGAGCACUCCAGGAAUUGCUGAGAGAGAACAUGGCGAUGAUAUGUAUGAUGGAUAUUUUAUAAUCUUUACUAGGAAAUGGAAACCAGUGAUCUAGGCAGGUCUGCAUUUGUACAAUAUUUGUGUAGGUAUUUGUACAAAUACAAGGUGCAUUUGUAGAAUAUUUUUGUUCUAUCGCUUUUUUAUUUGCCAAUUGAUUGCUUUUCUUUAAUUUCUACAUAUAUAGAAAAAAGAGCCAGUAGGAAAUGAUGACCACAUACCAGAAAAUGCACAAAAUCUCGAUGAACUUACAGCAGACAUCUUAGCAGUAAGUUAUUUUCAACUAGUUUCUUACUUGACCAUUCACUGGUUUACAGUGUAUUGUAUCUGUGAAAUAUACUCUGGUGUUUGCUUUUCGCCUCACACAUUUCACUUGAGCAGCUUCAGAUUGGGUGAGGAGCGUGUGUGAACAAGAAAAUAUGUUAAUUGCAUUCUGAUUCUUUUGUUCCCUUGCGCUAUAUUAAUUGUUCAGUUACCCACUGGUCUCUAAUGUUGGAGCUGUGGUAAUUCUCUCCCUAUGCAGGUUAGCUAGUGGUUUUUAAAGUGUGUUUUUUCACCUCUCUUAUACCCUGAGCUGAACUACAGUUUUGUGAGGAGGGGUGGAUCUAUAAUUUGCCCCUCACUCUGCUAGUUCAUCCUUUUCUCAUGGGCAAGAGAACUGUGAGGCUUGCCUGUUGUCCACUGCUCAGUCAAGCGGCUAUGGAUGCUGAGGUUUAGGAAGCUCCUCAUCUCCCCUUCCUGCUGUAGAACAGAGGGGAGUGGCAUGGCUGGUUCAGCUCUGUGUGGACCAUUUGGCUUGGCAGCAUUGGAGCCAAACUAUUCCCAGCGUUCCUCCAAGUCUUGGAGCUAAGGAAGGGGUGGAUUUGCUGCAUAACUGCUGGGAUGACCCCCACAUGUCAACCUGUGAAUAAAACUCGGGUCACUAUACUUGCCAACAGUGACGGCUAAUUUACCCUUGCAUAGUGAGUGAAAAUGUAGGAGCCUAUGUUAGAUUAAGGACCAAACUAGAUAAGAUGUCAGGAGAUCUGCAGUGGGUCUCCUGAUGCAUUUUUUUUUAUCAAAGGAGUCUGUGGAAGGAAUUUGAUUGUGGAAACAAUGCUAAAGGAAAUUGUUUAACCAUUUCCCUCUGCACCCUUUCCUAACUAAAUUCUCGCUCUCCUCCCCAAAGCUCCUGUUUGCCCCAGGAUGGAAAGUAUAUAGGAUCCCUGUAUGAGUGUAUGCACAUACACCAGGAGCUUUGAAUCUGUAGGAAAAAAGAUAAAGAAUUUUGGUUUUAUUAAUUGGCCUAGAAAAGUUUGUAUUAAUAGCUAUAUUGAUGAAUAACAAAUUGUUUAUUCAGGACAGUUGUUUGCUAUUGUAGUUUAAAGAGAAGUAUUGUGUCUUCCUUAUGUCGUCUAGGAUUUGGCCCAUUAAGGUUUUAUUAUGUAUCAGAAUGUUUGUAUCGAUGAUAAUUAAGUUGUAAUAAAUAAGUUUAUAAUAAAAAAAUUAAGGAUUUUUGGAACAUAUUUAUUACUUAACUUUGUUUCUGACUGAUUGAGGACUGAAUCUGUUGUGUAUACUAUACUUAUGCUUCCAUAUAUAGCCAGACACAUUUUGUUGAACUGUUAACCUGUAUUCAGUACAGUUGUUAUGCUGGUGGUCCAGAGAAACCUAAAAAUGUUUUUCUGGGUGCCUCAAAUUAAUUCUAAAAUUACAUUGGGAAGAUGUUGGAUUAUAUUCGACUGUCAUGUGAAAAGCACUUAAAGUGUGAGCACUGAGCGAAAAACAAUAAGUCCUCUUAUGCUACUGAAACAAUUUAUAGUGGGGUGACUUUGGGCCACCACUAUCUCACAGUAUAACCUAUUUCAUAGGGUUGUUUUGAAUAUAAAAUGGUGAAGGAGAAACAUGUACACCACCUGGUGGUCCUUAGAGAAAAGCUGGAUAUAAGUGUAACAAUAUUUUUUUUAAAGGAUGUGUGUUUACUAUCGAGCAAUAGAUCAUCACAGAGAUUUCAUACUUGCUAUUGUCCCAGAAGCAGCUGCUUCUCUGGAUAUAGAAUAAGCCAAUGCAGAGAUUCAGUAGGAAGCACAGCUUGCACUGUCUGUGCAGCUGUAGUAAAAAAAAGAAUAAGAAGCUAAGCCUCCUGCCUUGCACAAUCGUUUGUCCAGGCACCAGCUGCUGGGCAUACAGCUUCUGCCGUUUUGAUAACUCCACAAGUCACAGAAUUUCUCCCUCACACUGCAGCCUUGCAGCUGCUACUACAGAUACUAUAAAAGCUGUAUAUCCGAGAGCAGUUAAUUUACCAUCUAUUGUAUGUUCAGCUCUACUAUACUGUGAUAGCGGACCUCUGCCCUAGAACUUGCUUCCUCGUUUUAUUCCUUUCAGCAACAAGCCAAAGUAUUUUAUACCUCUGGGUUUUUUUAUAGGGUUGUUGUUUUGGAUUGUUGUUUUUCUGCUGAUAUUCGUUGGUUACGUCAUUUUAAUUAUUGCUUUAUUUUGUGUUUGACUAGUAAGCCACCCUGACAAUAGGAAUAAAAUGUGUUGGUAGAGGAAUUUAAUAAGUAAACUAUUUGCCAUGCUUCUUGUUGCAUUACUCAUUUUGCCAUAAAAGCAGAAAAAUGGUGAAGAAGAUAGGUAGAGGGCUUCAUAUGCCAAUUGGCACCUUUUGUUAGCAAGCACACUCUGAAGUGAGAAAGAUCCUGUAUAUACUAAUAGCAAACAUGCUUUCUGAGUGUAGGUACUUAUACAGCCAAAACAGCAUUGUCCAUGCACAAGAGAGAAGCAUCAGCAGGCUUUGGAAAACACCAAGGUUUCCAGAUGUCUCAAAAAGUGAGGGCAGGGCAGGACGGGAUGUAUGGGAAGGAACCCCAGAGCAUCCCAGUGAGGACCAAGCUUGUUCGGUGGGCACAAAAUGCUGACAGUUAGCAGGGUGGCAGUGGAAUAGAGUAUCUUGGAAAAAGACAUGGCUGGCUUGCUGUGGUCCUGAACAGAAGCCCUCCACCGUAUGGUAUUUUAUUGCGGAGCCCAAUCUUCUGUUAUGAUAAUAAAAACUGAGCAGUAGCACAAAGCAUUCUUGCACAGGAUACUGUGCUGACAUGAGUUUUGGAUCAGAAACUUCAUCAAUCAACCAUUGGCUUGUCCUUUGGCCCCUAAUUUGUGCCACUCUAAGACUUACAUGUCUGUAAUGCAUAAUGCAAAGCUAGUCCUUGAUGAGGCUUUCUAUGUGUGAGCCAAAGAUUUUAUCUGAGCUUCUGCUGGUAGUAAACCAGGUAUUGCCUUUUACUCUGAGUCCCAUAGAACCAACAUUGGUUCUUGGUGAUGCUAGACUACCGGCUGAAAUGUGAAACUGUAGUUGAUAGAAUUACGGUUUCCAAAAAAUGGAUGUGUCUAUUUUCACAAGAUAUUAUUCUUUUCUUAUAUUUCUUAUAUUAGGCCCACUUUUGUGUUUCAGGGUCUUCAAGUAAGCCAAAUAAAGAAAGUUCGUCUUCUAAUUGAUGAAGCAAUACUGAACUGUGAUGAGGAGCGCUUGAAGCUGGAGGCAGAGCGGUUUGAAAACCUCAGAGAAAUUGGAAAUCUCCUUCAUCCCUCUGUGCCAAUCAGUAAUGAUGAGGUAGGAGCAAAUUCCACACUUUUAUAUAAAUGUGCACGAAAGACAGUGUGUGGUUUGGUUGUUACAGCCUUGUGCAUCACUAUUAAACUGUCCUGCUGGUAGGGUGGGGAGACGGCAAGCUGAAAGUAUAAAGUCCUGAGGGUGUGAGACAGUACAUCCUAGGUGAGGAGGUUGAGAAGUUUAUGCAAUUUGUAUUCUAAAACAGUGUUCCCCAUAGAAAAGAAAGUCACAAAUGAAAAAAAAAUCCCAAAUAAGCACAAAACCCUGAUCUUGUUUAGGAAAUGUAUGGGAAACAGACUUAGGCUGGAAUUCAACAUCAUGGUAUUACAAAUGUCGCACCUGUGCAAGCAUAUCAACCUGCCAGGUGGAACAGUCUCCCCUCCCCCGUGUGCUAUUCUGGUGGUUCUCCCAACACCCAUCCACCCCCUGAGACAAUUUCGGGGGGUGCAGGUCUCAUGCAACAGGAAGGCCCGUUGUGCAAGUGAAAGUCCCUGCAUUGGGCUUCCACUGGCAGGGCCCCUUAGGUGAAUCCUACCCAUGAUGUGUGGCUUGGGACCAACCAUUUGUCCAACAAGACAAUAUUUUGUUUAAUAAUACUAUUAAGUGAGUCUGAUACAAUACUGGGCUGGUUGGAUUUUGCAUUGGAAUAAUUGCCUAAGAGUGUUGCUAUGGAGACGUCAUUACUCAUUCCAGUUGUUGGCAAGUAGUAAUUUUGAAAGCACUUAAGAGAGUUGCUGGGUGCUUCUGUGACAGCUCUGCAGGAGACUAAAAGACCAUCAGAUCUAUUCCUUGCUUCCUCUGCAUCUCAGCCCCUUCUCCAGGGCAGAGCAAACCCACACACCAUCUUCUCUUCAGUCAGCCUAUAGGAUGCAGAUGGCAGCAUGCCACAAGUAGAGAGCAAAUGCAGUGCAGGAAGCUUCUGGCAAUUGUAAGUGCUACUGUGCAAACAAAUACUAGCCAGGAUUGUGCAUGUGAACACAUACAAUUAAAUCAUGGAUGAGAUAAUCAGAUAAUUGGAUUGAUAUUGUUUCUAUUGGGAUGUUCAAAGGCCUAGAACAAAACUUUCUCCCUUUUUAUCACAUGGGUAGGAUGCAGAUAACAAAGUGGAGAGGCUAUGGGGAGACUGCACAGUGAGGAAGAAGUAUUCUCAUGUGGACUUGGUUGUCAUGGUGGAUGGCUAUGAGGGAGAAAAGGGAGCCAUUGUUGCAGGAAGCAGAGGAUACUUUCUAAAGGUGAGAACUUAACUUCUUAAUCAUUGCUAUUUAUAGGACUGGGAGAAUUGGGAUCCCAGAAGAAAACUUAUUUUGAAAAUUGUACCUUGCUUUUCAAAGCCAAAACACCACCUUCACAAAGUGGUUUGUUUAAUAUCUAAGCUGUAGAAGACUGUCAGAAUACAACGAUCCUGCCAGUGCCGUUUCAAAAUGUGGGUUCUCGGGAGCAGAAUAUUCACUUACCUACUUUCUUCUUUGUUGUUCUAUAGGGUGCCCUGGUUUUUCUAGAGCAAGCUCUCAUCCAGUAUGCCCUGCAGACACUGCUUAGCAAAGGUUACACCCCUGUUUAUACCCCUUUCUUCAUGAGAAAAGAGGUGAUGCAGGAAGUGGCCCAGCUAAGCCAGUUUGAUGAAGAGCUCUACAAGGUAAGGUGGGAAGGGUAAAAUUACUGUUUUAGUAGCAAACUAUAGAAGCUUCUAGGAAAGUUUUGUGUUGCUUCCCUUAAUGUGUAAUCACAUUGUCCCUGGAGCCAUGUGGAAUUUUUCAAAUACUGCUGGUAAACUUUCAGUCAGAUAAUUGACUAUUUCAAUAUUUGUCCUUCAUUUCAAAUUGCUGCACGCUUCUUUAGGAAGCGUUUCUACCAUCAGCCACAGUCAGUGCUAAUAAUUUAUGAUAAUGAAAAGGAAUGUUGGGUUGAUAGGUUAAAGGUUUUGUUAACAUUGUUUCUAAUCAUCACAGGCAUUGUGCCAUGUCUUCCCCAUUUUCUGAUCCACAAGUACUUAACUGUUUGUCAUUGGGGGGUCAGAAUGGUUAGUGAUGUUUCCAUAUGAAAGGUACCGUAUUUUUCGCUCUAUAAGAUGCACCCCCCCCCAAAAAAAAAUUAAGGGGAAAUGUGUGUGCGUCUUAUGGAGCGAAUGCUGGCUCCUUGGCUUCAGCGAUAGCAACGCGAAGCCUCCAAAGUGCAGAGGGAGUGCUCCCUCCGCGCACCGGAGGCUUCAGUUUGCUUUCGCUUAAGCCAGGAGAGCAAGACUCUCCUGGCUUCAGCGAAAGGAACCUGAAGCCUCCAGGCUUCAGGGAUAGCCACCUGAAACCGGAGGCUUUGGGUUGCUUCGCUGAAACCAGGAGAGCAAGAGGGAUUGGUGCGCACCGAUCCCUCUUGCUCUCCUGGCUUCGCUUCGCUGGAGAGGCGUUGCAUAGCUUUCCCUCUGCGCAGCGCCCCUUCAGCGAAGCGGGAGGAGAAAUGGAAGGGGCUUCGUUUCCCCUGCCGCUUUGCUGAAGGGGCGCUGAGCAGAGAGGGGGAGAAUUUUUUUCUUGUUCUCCCUUUCUGAAACAAGGUGUGUCCUAUGGUCAGGUGUGUCCUAUAGAGCGAAAAAUACGGUAAUUAAUGUAGCUAAGUUGUAGCUAAGCAACAACUUAGAAAAACAAUCAUAGAAGAAAUUAUAUGAUUCGGUGAACCAGUAAUUUAGCCCACAAGGGCUUUCAUUGGAAAGGUCCACUGAAGCUUUGUCUAUGUACAUGACAUCUUGCUACACUGGUCUAAUGGACUAACUUUUUCUACUUCUCAGGUACUUGGCAAAGGCAGUGAGAAGAGCGAUGAUAACACUAUUGAUGAGAAAUACCUGAUUGCUACAUCUGAACAGCCAAUUGCAGCAUUGCACAGGGAUGAAUGGCUGAAGCCAGAGGACCUGCCCAUCAAAUACGCUGGGCUGUCUACCUGCUUCCGCCAGGAAGUUGGUUCACAUGGCCGUGAUACCAGAGGCAUUUUCCGUGUUCACCAAUUUGAAAAGGUAUUGCAGCUGCAAAAGUUAUUAAUCCAGGGUUGUAUUACUCAUUUCACAAACGAGACAAUUUCUGUUCACACAACAGAACUUCCCCUUCUUCUCUUACUCCCCCAACCCCCGCUCCCCUCCAGAUCAGAUUUGAGGGUGGGGAAGGAGAAGGGAGGAAAGUUAAGUUGCCUGAACAGAAGUUGUUGCACUCACUCAAUGACUUAGUUUGAGUCAGUCCCCAGAUGGUGUGUGUUUUUCAGCGAUGUGCCGUUGAAGAAGUUUGCAUUGUUGAAAUGUAUUGGGCAAUUGAAAUGAAAUUGGUGUUCCUCUGUAACAGUUUAUGGCAACUGAAAGUGUUGUUUGUAUUCAGUAGGAGGCCGAUAGCUAUUUUUCUCUGUCUCAGUAGUACUUAGAAGCUGGUUUAUGUUUGGGAACUGAAAGUUGUGUUUGGUUGCAUUAGGCUGUUGAGUUACAUUCACCUCCAUUUUAUGAUUGUGUUCAGUUUUAUUUCAUUGUUUUUUCUUGGUAAGGUUAUCUUUAGUAAAAUUUGCAGGGUUUCCCUCCCCCUGACUUUUCAUGCUGUCAAAAGCUUGGGAAUCCAGCAUUGUUCCCAAAGGAACUGAUUUUAGGGGUUGAUGUUAAGUCACAGAAGACACAGAACAGUAAAAUUAUUAUAUUCUGGGAUUCAAAUUCCUCUUCGUGUCUAUGAAGGAUUUCUACUUUCUUUUGUUUUUUGUUUCCUGCUCUGAUGUUUCUGCUUUUGACCCUUUCCAGAUUGAGCAAUUUGUCUACGCAUCACCUCAUGAUAACAAGUCUUGGGAGAUGUUUGAUGAGAUGAUUGCAACUGCUGAAGAGUUCUAUCAAUCUCUGGGCAUCCCUUACCAUAUUGUGAAUAUUGUCUCAGGUAUGUAUAUACCCCCCAAAUAAUUUGCAGCCUAAUCUAUGUUUGGUUUCUCAAAGUUAAAUCUUUCAGUGUUCGAUGUGGCCUGCACCCUAGAAAGUGUGCAAACAAUUGCACCUGGCAGGCAGUAAUCUCUGGUUGUUUGUAUCAGGAUUUAUUUGCUUUAAUUGUAAGACCUGUAGUAUCUCAGCAUGCAGCCAGGUACUCAUGUUUAUUGUCCAGACUAGCACACAUUCUAAUUGAGGGAAAUGACCAUAGAUCUCCUUGUUACUCUUGGUUUCAUUCUGUAUCUCCAAAACUAUGAGAGGGGUGAGAAAGGCACAUCUUUCAAUUCCCAUUAUUAGAACACUGAAUCACUACCUAAAUGCCACCUCAUGUUGUUACAGGUUCCUUGAAUCAUGCUGCCAGUAAGAAGUUGGACUUGGAGGCGUGGUUCCCAGGUUCAGGAGCUUUCCGUGAACUUGUUUCUUGUUCGAACUGCACUGACUACCAGGCACGUCGGCUGCGGAUCCGUUAUGGACAAACCAAGAAGAUGAUGGACAAAGUAGGUUGCUUUGUAUAUUUUACAUAUACAAUUCUCCCAGUGCAUCAUUUACAAUAUACUGGUGUUCUAGUUAAAUAAUUAUUUGGGUUCUUAAGAAGGUCCUGCUGUUUACCCAUGUAGCCUUCAGGAAAACAUCUGCCUUUUUGCUUUAGUCUGAUAAGUUUUUUCUAUUCGCCAUCUGAGUUGAUUGUCCCAAUAGGUUGCAGCUUUGAGUCCUUGCUAGGGAGACAAGUUGGCAGUAAUGUUGAUUCUGGAGAUCUAGCAAAAGUUGGAAAGGCCCUGUUAAUUUCCGUAAUUUCCCAUAAAGAUCCAGGUUUUCUGCCUGUCAUUUUGUCUCACUACUUCUUCUGUGAUGCUGCCAUGGAAGUGACCAGUUUGAGAAUGGUCCACUUGCCAGUUGAGAAUUAACUGACUGCUACCAAGGAGCCCUAGGAUUGCUUUCUUGAAAAAAGUAAAAAAUGUAAUCCCUUAAAAUCAUGAAGAGUGUAGAAAUGGAAACCUGAAGAAUGAAUAAUCAUUGGGCUUUCCUUUUCUUUUUUAGAUUUUUUUUUAAUUUGAAAGAGGUUGUAUCCAGUGAAGUCAAACAACCCCUAAUAGUUACUUGGUGUUCAGAUAUUGGACAUUAGUAAACAAACCAACAUUCAUACAAACACAUUUAAAGGCAAAGCUCAGUUAUUUUCAUUCUCACAAUUAUCACAGAAAAGGAGGAUGUUAUCUAGUUCAACUAACAGUGCAAUCUACCUUGCUGCUUCUAAAAUGUUUAGAUAAGGAAGUCUGUUGCAAAAUGAUUGGUUAAGCUAAGCUAGAAAAUGUUAGUUGUAGUGUUCCUAAAUUGGAACAACUAUUUAUUAGACUGAAGGCUCUGUCUUUUCAGAUGACUGAGUAACAGAAUGACAGAUUAGGUUUAUUGGAAUGGUUAUUUUGGAGAUGGUAUUUAUCCUCUUCAAAAAUGUGUUUUCUUGCUGCUGCUUUUACUUGCUUUUACUUACUGAGAACAUGAAAUGUUCUGCCCUCAUAGGUGGAGUUUGUGCAUAUGCUCAAUGCCACGAUGUGUGCUACAACACGUGCUAUAUGUGCCAUCCUUGAGAAUUACCAGACAGAGGAAGGAAUCAUUGUACCAGAGAAAUUAAGGGACUUCAUGCCGCCAGGUAAUAAAAAGAAAAUGCUUGUUGCCCUCCCCAUAGCCAUCCAUAAUUAUGUAUUUUAUACCGUCUAAUCGUCCUUGUUGUCUGAGCCUAAUAACUCUCCUCAACUCAUAAAACAAUUGUGACAAUUUCCACCUGUCUAGAGUAAAGGGUUAUAUCUAAACAAAGAGAAUUCAUUACAGUUGCUAUUUUUACUGACCCAUAACAUUUCAAAAGGAGCAGUAUGUAAGAGGAUGCAGGUGGGUCUCUCUGGUCCUUGGCUGGAAAAGGGUGGGCAAGCUCAGAUGUGCUGUCCCUAACACUGUCUACUUUACUUUGUUCAAGGACAUGGGGCAAAUUAAUCAAGGUGACUUGGUGUGUAAGAUUGGUGUGAUGUGUGAGAACAGACGGAGGAUUCUUGUUGAUACUUCCUUUGUAGACGUUUGGCCCUGGUGUGUUCACUCUGUUAUCUUGCUCUGCCUUCUUCCUCCUUUUAGGCUUGAAAGAAAUGAUAAAAUUUGUAAAACCUGCUCCUAUUGAUCAGGAACUUUCCAAGAAGCAGAAGAAACAGCAUGAGGGAAGCAAAAAGAAAUCGGCUGGUGGGGACUGUGCACUGGAAGGAAAGAUGCAGAACAUGGAUGUGAACAGUCCCUAAAGGGAUCUAUGUGUUACUUUUUCUGAGAUUGCACCGUUUAGUGCAUAAAGUUGCAGGGGGUCCUGGAUAUGAAUUCCUGCUUUCUCUCAUCCCUCCUGUCACCAUGGGCAAGUUACUUUUUUCCAUCUCGGCUUCCACCCUCUGUAGCCUGGGAAGAUGCUCCUUCCCAUGCUGGCUCUGAGGAUCCACUGGUGUUUGUUUUCACAUUGAAUGUGGAAAGCACUAGAGGUGCUGACCAGUUCCCCAGAAGUCUGUAUGUCUUACAUUAUGUUAAUUAUCCAUGGAAACAGUUUCUAUUCAAACCCCUAGUUGCAAAUCCAAGCAGAGGGAACAAACUGCUAUAUCAUGUUUAUUUGCUGAAAAUCUCUGCUGAGCAGAAGCAACACUGGGAUAAAGCAAAGAUCAAAAGGGAAAAUAAGUAUAGGCAUGUGGCGUUUUACUGUAAAGACAGUCUUUGCUUAGUCAUAGGAUUUUACCUGAUAUGGUGGCACUCGGUGAAUAAACAAGCAUUGAAAAACAUGAUGCUUUUCUCA